CAUACUCUGCUCUGUUCUGCUCUGCUCCGCUCCGCUCCGCUCCUUCUUCAUCCUCUGCAACACUCACCUCUCUCCUUGAGUCCAUUAUAUGCUAAAUCGAAGCAAAGUUUGUAGCUUGAUAUAGAAACAAAGCUUGAGAAGAAGAAAAAAAAUGAGGGGUCCUUUGGGUGCAGUAAUAGGAAGAUACCCAUCAAGUGAUGGAGUCACUCAAAUGGGAGCAAUCAUUAGCCACAAUAGGAAAUGCAGAGACAUAACUGUUCUUGUCAUCUUCAUUGCAUUUUGGAUAGCAAUGAUUGUUAACUCCAGCUUUGGUUUCAACCAAGGGAACCCCCUCAGGCUUACUUAUGGAGUGGAUUACAAAGGCAAUGUGUGUGGGGACAAGCAUUCAGAUCCUAACCUUAGUAAGUUGGAGGUUAGAUAUUGGCAAAAUCCUAAUCAGGUUUAUCAGAGUGGAUUGAAGGAUAGCCAAUUUAAGCUGGUUGAUGCACGCACUAUAUGCUUGUCUGAGUGCCCUAUACCUUCUGAUGAUUCUCUAAAUUGGGUGUGUGAUUAUCCUGAUGGAGAUAUUCGUCUUUCCAUGAAAGACUGGAUUAAUAGGAACUAUGAUUACUUUGAGUUUCUUACACCUGAAAUGAGAAACUCCUCUCUUCAACUUCAAGGUCCAUGCUAUCCUGUCAUAUUUCCUAGUGUAAAUGUUUACUGGAGUUGCCAGUUUAUUGCUCGACCGUCAAAUACUUCUUUGAAGCAUUGGCAGCAGAUGGGUGGAGUCAGCAUAAAUGAAAACAUUGUUAUUGAUAAAUCAAUUCACAAAUCCAUUAAUUCUCGGUCAGCUGUCUUGAAGAGAUACAUGGCUGAUAUGGGGAAGGCAUGGCCUGUGCUGAUUGUUUGUGGAGGAAUUUUGCCUCUUUUUCUGUCUGUGAUUUGGCUGAUGUUGAUUCGGCAUUUUGUUGCUGCAAUGCCAUGGAUUACAGUGGUUCUCUUUAAUGUUCUAAUAAUAUCAGUCACAAUGUUCUAUUACCUUAAAGCUGGAUGGAUUGGAAAUGAUGCUAUUUCUCCUAUCAUUGGUGAGCAUGACACUUAUACUAACGUAUUUGGGAGGGAACUAACUCAUCUACGUGCUAUCGCUAUACUUAUGACCUUUAUCAUGGCUGUUGCAAUUCUUACAUCAAUUGCUAUUGUCCGACGCAUCCUUAUGGCAACAUCUGUCCUGAAGGUUGCUGCAAAAGUCAUUGGAGAAGUUCAAGCUCUCAUUAUUUUCCCAAUUGUACCAUAUGCUAUCCUGGCAGUGUUUUACAUGUUUUGGAUUUCAGCUGCUCUACAUUUGUUCAGCUCUGGCCAGAUUGUUCAGAAUAACUGCAACGCUAACUGCUGCACAUAUGAUCUUGUGGCUAAACGGGUGAACUGUGAUCGCUGUUGUGGAUAUAGCAUUCAUUAUACACCACAUAUUGGAGUUGCAAUCCUUUUUCACCUAUUUGGGUGUUAUUGGGUUACACAAUUUUUCACAGCAUGUUCCUCUACAGUAAUUGCUGGAUCUAUUGCCUCUUAUUACUGGGCCCGAGGUGAAACAUCUCAAGAAAUUCCAUUUCUUACAGUCUUUUCCUCCAUGAAGAGGCUUAUGCGUUACAGUCUUGGGUCUGUCGCCCUUGGCUCUCUGAUUGUGUCAUUUGUAGAAUCAAUCCGAUUUCUGCUUGAAUCCAUUCGUCGCAAAAUAAAAGUCUCUGAUCAUUGGCCUGACAACUGGAUAGGGAAGGCUGCAUACCAAUCUUCUAGAUGUUUUCUCAGGUGUAUUGAGUGGACCAUCAAAUCAGUAAACCGAAAUGCUUACAUCAUGAUUGCUAUUACAGGAAAAAGCUUCUUUAGUGCUUCAUCUAUUGCAACAGAGUUGAUCAUGAAUAACAUCCUAAAGAUCGGGCGUCUUAACGUGAUUGGAGAUGUUAUCUUGUUCCUUGGAAAACUAUGUGUCAGCCUUGCAAGUGCUCUAUUUGCAUUCCUCAUGUUGGAUACACACAAGUACAGCUCUGCUCAUAACAAGAUAUCAUCUCCACUCUUGCCUGUUGUGGUAUGCUGGGCUCUUGGGUACAUUGUUGCAACUCUUUUUUUCGCAGUUGUGGAGAUGUCAAUUGAAACAAUUGUUCUCUCAUUCUGCCAAGAUUCUGAAGAGCACCAAGGGCUAGCCCAGUAUGCUCCACCCCUUCUCAUUGAAACUCUUGGUGACCACAAUGAGGUGCAGAGACUCACACAAGGACCACAGUGAAGUGUGUCCAUGUACGAUUUUGCUUAUGAUGAUAAGUUUUUAGAUAUUUUUGCUACCCCUUGUAUAUAUGUCUUGAUCAUAUACAUUUUUGGACAAAGGUUAUGGUGGGAUUAUCUUUUGAUAAGUUGGGUUAUUUAGAUUUAUAUAUACCAAGCUAUGAACACAAACAUAAUUAUUGUAUUAUGUAAUAUAAUC